CGACCGGAGAUGUUUCUCGGUUCACAGGAGUUCUGUUUCGGCAGCCUGGCGCCCUCCCUCGUGACAAUGGCGUCAGGUCCUAUUUUGAAUCAACAACAGAAGGCGCUGGCACCGAUCGGUCUGUCAAUGGCGGACAUCCAUCUCGUGCCGGGAACCACGACCACGGUUGUCAACCCAGACAACGUCGACUCCGCCGGACAGGGUGUGGAAUUACUGCACAACAGUUCCCCAGCCCUCUGCCUGGGCAACCUGCUCGGUUUUCAGGCUGUGCCACCGCUGGGCAGUUUUCUCACCCUGGCAGCAAAAGGAUUCAAACUGAAGGCGCGAUUAGACACACCGCCGUCGGCUAAUCCGAUAGCAUCUCGCGUUCUUCAUGUUCGCCGACUACCGCCAGAUGUGUCCGAGAUGGACGUAGCAAAGUUUGCCAUGCCUUUCGGCGCCAUAUUAAACCUCGUACUUACGAAGAAAUCCGGCCAGGCCCUAAUCGAAAUGACCUCGAGCGCAGUCUCCAGCGAAAUGAUAGAAUAUUACUCUCGGCAUCCGCUGACCUUGCGUGGAUGUGGACCAAUCGUCUUUCAGUAUUCCAGAUAUCAGGAACUUGAAAUAGUUGGUAUCAGCAGACCUGUCUCGGAAGCGGUCAACGUUGGAAACGAACAUGUUAGACGAUAUAUUGACGGUGUUGUCACUCGACCCCGCGUUAUUCGCGCCUACCUGGAGUCCACCAACUCACAACAACUGACUUAUAUGGAGUACUUUCAAGCUCAGUCCGAGGGUUCUUUUGAGUAA